AUGAUGGGGGCCUCUGAUACUCCAUUAGGGGCUUCGAAGGGCAGUGAGUCUUCUUCUCUCCGCUGCAGAGAAGAGGGUGGUGCUGCUGCUGCUGCUAUUGCAGCAGCAGCUGCUGCUGCUGCUGCAGACGGCUUCGUACUCACAGGCGAACCAGGAGGCGGAAGCGCAGCUUCAGAUUCAGAUGAAUUCGAUGAAGCUGAGCAGCAGCAGCAGCAGCAGGAGCAGCAAGAGCAGCAGGAGCAGCGGCAGGCGCAGCAGCAGAGUUCGAAGCAGGGAUGGGAGCAGCAGCAGCAGCAGCACGCCCUGCAGCAACAGCAGCAGCAGCAAAUAACAACAACCCCACCUCCUCAAUAUGAUACUGCUGAGGGGGGCCCCAGUGGCCUCCCCUUUAGACGUGUUAUUCUUGCUGCAUGCACUCCAGCUAAUUUAAAACAUUUAUCUGCUUCUUUUCGUUUCCUAGACCCUCAAGUCUGUGCAUGCGGAGACCCUGCUGCAUGUAAAUUCGGAGGGGAAGCUCCGCAGCAGCAGCAGCAGCAGCAGCAGCAACAGCAGCAGCAGCAAGAGGCUGAUCCUUUCUCUCUCUUUGGGCCCCCAACAGCUGCUGCUGCAGCAAUUUGCUGCAACAGGCACACAGCAUGCAAACCCGCAACAGACAGCAGCAGCAGCAGCAACAACAGCAGCAGCAGCAACAGCAACAACAGCAGCAGCAGCAGCAGCGCAGCAGAGGAGUGCGACUGGGAUUCGUUUGCUGCGGCUCUUGAUAAGGAAUUAGACAACAUGCUUGAUGUUCUACAAGAAAGCGGGCUGUUAGAUAAAAUGCAGCAGUCUCUUGCUGCUUCGCUGUCUGCUGCUGUCUUCGCCCAGCCCCGGCUACAUGAGGCUAAGCUUAAAGAAGCAGCAGCAGCAGCAGCAGCAGCAGCAGCAGCUCCACCAGCAGCACCUGCAGCAGCAGCAACAGCAACAACAGCAGCACCAGCAGCACCCGCAGCAGCAGCAGCAGCAGCAGCAGCAGGGGAAAAUGCAAGCGGAGACAGCGCCUCCUCAGCCGCAGAGACGAAGAAUGCCUCGGAACAGCCAGCAGCAGCAGCAGCAGCAGAGACACCGGCAGCAGCAGGAGCAACUGCAGCAGCAUCACAAACAGCUGCAGCAAACCCAUCCCCAGGAGCCAACCCACCUGUCUCUGGUGCUGCUGCUGCUGCACCGACUGCUGCAUCUGUAACAUCACCAUCAUCAUCAGCAGCAGCAGGAACAGCAGCAACAGGAACAGCAGCAGCAGGGAGCAGAGAAGAGUGUUCAUUGCCGCAGAUAGAGAGGGGAGGUAUAUUUGCUGCUACAGCAGCAGUUGAACUCCAGUGCAGCGAGUUAAAGAAGAAGCUGCUUGAGAAGCUGUCUUCGUUGCUGCGACAGCGCAUGCAUUCUCAGCAGCAGCAGCUUCUCCUGCUGCAGCAGCAGCAGAUCGACCCUUCAGUUAAGACAUACAAGCCGCUUCCUGCAUAUGCUAGGGGGCAGCAAAUGCCUCUAUUUCCUUACCGCCCCACAGUGCGCCCAUCGUUGCUGCAGCAGCAGCAGCAGCAGCAGCGUUUGCUGCUGCAUUCGCAUGCACAGCGGCGAGGUAGCUGGGGGCUUCAGGAGCAGCUUCCCCAUACAAAUGCUUCAUUCCCAGAUGCUGCUUUCUUUGCUUUAGGCUGCAGCGCUGGCCGCGUCUGGCGGCAGCUGCUGCAGCAAAGUGGUUUAACUGCUAGGCAGCAGCUCGAGCUGCUUAGAAGUCUGCAAGGAGACAAUUUAGUCGAGGGGUGCUUCAUCAUUGAUUCUGUAACAGCACCAAAUCGCGUAUGGCGUCGCGUGCUUGGUGGUCGCGCGGGUCGCAGAGAAUUCAUAAAUUUGAUUUGCAGCCCUUCUGCAGUUUUACGUUGUUGGGUUGUGCGCUGCGAUCGAGAGAGGGAUUUGCUGCUGCUGCGGUUGGUAGGCGUGGAGUUAUAUGAAGAAACAGCAGAAAAAACAGCUGCAGAGACACCCCAACAGCAGCGCCAAGCUGCAGAUACACCCCAGCAAACACCCCACAACAACGCUACAUAUCCAACGCCCAACCCACCACCUCCCUAUACACCUCAACCUCCGGGUGUAUAUGCAGCACCAUACAACAGAAACUACACGCAGGACUUCACAUGCGGCUCCCCAGCAGCAGCAACAACACCGCCCCCACCACCGCCACCACCACCACUGCAGCAGCAGCAGCAGCAGCAGCUGCCUUUAGAGGGGAGCGAAUACCUUAAGAGGCGGCUGCUGAGGGCGGAGGUGGAUAUCGGCAGCAGCGGCAUCUACGCAGCGCUGCCCCUUGCAGCUAUUCCGCGCUAUGAGUUCAUUGGCGGGCAGGCGAGCGGUUGCUGCGGGCGUUUUGUUUGUGUGGGUACUGCGUUGCGUGUUUGUUUGGUGCCACGAGCAGCAUCCCCUCCUGCUGCUGCUGCUGCUGCAGCAGCAGCAGCAGCGGGGCGAGGUGCGCAGCUGCAGCAGCCGCUGCUAGACGAAGCCACCCUCAACGCAGCGCAUGCACAUGUUGAGGCCUCUUUGCAGCUGCCAGACUCCUUUAAGACAAACCCCGAGAUGAUGCAGCGCCUGCAGGAGCCUCUUGGGUUUUGUGCUGCACUGCCGCACGACUCCGCGCACCCGCAGCCUGGAGCAGCAGAUUUUGCAGAGAUCCGCUCAUUGCUGCUGCCUCGAGAUGCUGAGUCUAAGGAGCUGCUGCAGUGGUGGGAUGGAGGCAGCAGUUUGCUGCUGCAGCGUCUACCUUAUUUGCUGCGCAGCAGCGGGUCCUUCAUGAAUCCUGUUGCUGCUCACAGACGCCUGCAUGCAUUUUCUGCUUUGCAAAUGUUGGGCAUGGCCCCCAGCCCCGAACCCCACAGCAGCAGCGGCAGCAGCAGCAGCAACAGCAGCAGCAGUGCGCGCAAGAAGGCUUCAAACGACAAUAAUAGAGCGCUUAUAUGCUCAGAAGCAGAGGCCUGGGAGGCCCUUCUGCAGCGCCUUAGCGACGGCUGCUUCCUUUCAUUUCUAAGCACCACAUCUCCUUCGCAUGCAAUUCGCGUGGCAAUUGCAAAAGCAGAGACUGACGCUGCAGUCAGAGGAGGAGGUGUGGGUCGUUUGCUGGCCCAGCAGCAGGGGGCAGACUGGGCAAAGCGGCGUUUAAAGGCGGGGGUAGCAUGCGCACGGCGUAGACAGCUGGAGCAAGCGAUUCAGCUGUAUGACUCAGCGCUGCAGCUGAGGCCUGAUUAUGCAGAUGCUCUUGUUGCGAGGGGAGCAGCUUAUGCUAAUAAACUAGACUACGAGAAGGCUGUUGCUGACUUGGAGGCGGCGUUGGCGUUGGAGCCCAACAACAAAAAUGCAGCAAAAUAUCGUGCAAUUGUCGCAGACAGAAUGGAAGGAAAAGAGCCUGCUGGCGGCAAGGGGGCGGCGUCUUCUAGUGCUGGGGGUCGGGAUCGGGAUCGGGAUCGGGAUCGGGAUCGGGAUCGUACUCCUUCGCCUGACCGCAAGUGCAGGUCUCCAGAGACUUCUUCUUUGCCGGAAGUUCAGGCAACUCGUUCUACAACAAUAAUAAGAAAAACAACAAAAGCAGCACCUCCAUUACCUUUAGGUGUAUCACGCAACGCCAUUUCUAGCGCUGCAGCAGCAGCAAAUGCUGUCUUAGAACAAGCUGCUGCUGCUGGGGUUGUAGGGGGGGGCGCCUUAGGGGCCCCCACCAAUGCGUUUGAUAGAAGUCGCAGCGCACAGGAGCAGCAGCGGCAACAUUUGCUGCUGCUGGAGCAGCAGAAACGAAGAGCAGCAAUUAUGCAGCAGCAGCUAAAACACAGCCAGGAGUUAGAACGGCAAAUCCAAAGAAAAAAGAGAGAAAGAGAAAUGAUGCUCCUUCAACAGCAGCAACAGGCCCAGAUAAAAGCAGCUGUAAGUGCCAGCAGCAGCAGCAACAGCAGCAGCAGCAACAGCAGCAACAGCAGCAGCAGCAGCAGCAGCAGCAGCAGCAGCAGCAGCAGCAGCAGUAGAAGCAGCAAAGACAAAUCCCACAGGAGCGAGAAGAAGAGCUCUAAAA